AUGCAAACAACAUCUCUUGUGCUAUUACCAAUCCCUCCACCAUGCAAUAUAAUACGCAGAAGCGCGCCAUUCAAGAGUUUUAUCUCAGCUUCAAAGAGAGACUCAUUUGGCCACCAUUACGAUGGCAAGAUGGUGGAUGAAAACAUGAUCAUUCUUAGAAUGCGAAUCCGCGAGAUCGAGAUGCUUGAAAACAAGUCCAAACCUCCUUCUCAUUGGACAGAAUGGGAGAAGAAGUAUGUUGAGGAUUAUGGUUCGGAUGUAUGUGAUGGAGUUGGAUCGUUGCAAAGAAUGUUGAUGAACACUAGACCUGGCUUGGUUGUGGGAAUAUUAGCUAUGAUCAUGCUAAGCAUGUCAAUGUCCAUGUCACUCCUUGUGUUUCAACUGAUGGAGUUGGGUAAUGCCUCAAUGCUAGCUUUUUCAUCAGUCUAG